AUGGAUGAGCACAGCGAGUCAUCCGAUGCUGAGGACCUGAACACGGCCUCUCCAGAGGGUCGUUUCGGUGAGCUCCUCGACAUUCCCAGUGACUCCAUUGUCAUUGUGGCCAUCAACACCCGUCGAGAGUUUACCACCAACACCUUCACCUCCGCCGCCCUCGUCAAGCGAAUCGAAGGCGCCCGCAGCCUGAUUCAUAUCGUCGAAUUCGAUGACAAGCUCCGCUACGUCGUUCGCCUGCCCUUCAGCGGUGGCCAUGAUCGUUAUACCGAUAUCGCCAAGGGUGCCUUCGUCGCCAAAGUCAAAAUGAUGCAGGUCAUCAAGAAGCGUACCCACUUCCCCAUGCCCGAGAUCUACGACUUUGACGCUUCGUUUGAAAAUGAAAUCGAGGCGCCGUACGUCGUUGAGAGCUUCAUUCCCGGCAACCCCAUAUCCGACGUCUGGUUCGAGGAGUCCGGCCUGAUGCCCUUGGAAGAAAAGCGGCUGCGCAUCCUGGACAGCGUUGCGGACACUAUGGCGCAGCUACGUGGGCACCAGUUCGACUUGAUCGGCGCAAUAGAAGCGAACAAUCGCGGCCAUCAAAUGACGAACCCCUGUCACUCGUUCAAGAUCUCCGACAGUGAUAUGUGGUAUGAGGAGUCUGGUCCGUACAGCGCGACUGUCACGUACAUGCUCUCUCGCAUGCUGGAUCCCCCGAGUAAGACCCCCAGAAAGAAAGAGGCGCCCCCCGAAGCCGGCUGUCGCAUGUUCCUGGAGAUGAUGGUCCUGUGCCUCCCGCUGUCGACGGACUGGGAAUCCGAUGACCGCGAGAGCUUUGUCCUGUCAGUGCCUCACUUCGAUGCGAGCAACAUUCUCAUCGACGACCAGCUCCAUGUGACUGGGUUCAUCGACUGGGAUGAGGUGAAGACCAUGCCUCGAUUCCUGGGCUUCGCGAGCUUUCCUAACUGGAUCACCCGGGAUUUGGACCCUGUGGUCUACAACUACCCCGAGGAUGAGCACGAGGACUCCCCCGAGCUGCUCACGCGCUACCGUCUUCUUUACAACCGCAAAAUGAAAAGUCUGCUGCAUGGCGAGCCGGAGGUGAGAUUCAUGAACAAGAGCCAUAUCUUCGGGGCCAUCUACAAUGCGAUCAUGAACCCCACCGCGCGCAUGGAGAUUGUACGCACCUUGGUUGCCAAAGCCUUUCCGACCAGCUUGGAUGGAGCGACUCGCUUGAUUAUCAAGGCGGGAGAUGGCACGCUGCUGCGACAGGAUAAAGAGCGACUGAAUGGUGGAUUCGAGGCUCUUCUUUCCGUCCAGUACUGA